UGGUACGCUGUUUUAUCUUGGCAUAUUAUUUGCACUUCAUGGUUUUUUAUUGUGUUCUAUGAUGACUCAGGGUCGCAAUUUGUCGAUACCACGUUUAACUUUCAUUAUGUCAGUAUUUGUCAAUACAUUUGGACAUACAUGUGUAUAUUGCGCUGUAGGAGAAAUUUUAGUUGCACAAUGCGAAGGAGUUUAUCAAGCUGUAUACAAAUACAAGUGGUAUAAUUUGGAGCCAAAGAAAGCAAAGAACUUAAUGAUGAUAAUGAUUCGAGCCAACAAAUCGUUGUACCUUACCGCAGGAAAACUGUUCCCUAUGACGAUGUCAACUUUUUGUAACUUGUUAAAAACAUCGGGCGGUUAUAUAUCAGUUUUGCUGGCACAUCGAGAAUAAAAAUAAAAAUCUACGAAAGUCGAAUAAAAAUCUAAUUUUAAAACAUG